AUGUUAUCAACCAACCCCGCACUUCAACCAACAGCGGUGAUUCCCCUUUUGGGGGCAACCGGCUCGGGAAAAUCUUCCUUGACGAAUGCUAUCAUCGGGACCGAGGCUGCACCCGUUGGCCAUGAUCUCGAAUCGCUCACUGCUGAGGUUUCCCACUAUUCGACCACAUCGCACGGAAAGACCAUUCGGGUGGUCGAUACCCCUGGUUUCAAUGACUUCAGGAGUGAGGGGUCGAAAACCGAUCUCGAAAUCCUGACGGAAAUCAGCAAUCUCAUGAAGGAAGAAUACGAUGCCGGGGUCAAGUUCUCCGGUGUCAUCUUCGUUCACAACAUUUCGGCACCCAAGAUCGACAGGAUGGCCCGAAGAAAUAUGGUUCUUUUCAGGAAAAUCUGCGGAAAAGAAUCGAUGAAGAAUGUCGUUGUUGUUACCACUUUCUGGGACCUCGUUGACUUCGAGCAAGGCGAGUCCAAUGAACGAGAGCUCCAACAGGAGGAGGGGCUCCUCAAGGAGCUGCACGACGCCGGUGCCAAAUUCUUCCGCAUGGGCCACUUCGAAGAUGGCGCACAACCAGAUAGCGAUGGGUUUGCCACUCCCCAGCAGAUCGUCGACCACCUUCUUUCUCUCAACCCUGUCUGGCUCCAGAUACAGAAGGAGAUGGAGACCAAGUCCGUUCCUGAGACAUCUGUUGGAUCCACGUUGAUGAACGACUUUGAGGAGCUCAAAGCGGAUUAUCGUCGUAACAUUGAGACCCUUCAAUCGGAAAUUGCCACCCUCCGGAGCGCCAACGAGGACGAGCGGAACCAUCGUGAAGUCCUUCGUGAGGAGGCGAAGAGCUUGCGGGAGGCGUUGAGAGUAUGGGAGGAGCACGGAAGCGAAAUGAAGGCAAAGAUGGCGCGUUUGGAGACGCAGCAGAAGCAAGUUGCCAUGAAGGAAGAGCUGGAAGCUUGGCAAAGCGCCCACCUGACCGAACUGGAAGGGUUACGCCUUCAUGUCUCCCAGUGCAAGCAUAAUAGUCAAGACUUUGAUCUUCAGCGAUCGUUACUCGAGGGCCGCAACCCCGAACUUUCAGCUGCACUCGAGAAAGCUCAGGCGGAACGCGAUGCCUUUUUGCGUCAAUGUCAGGAGCUCCUCGCGAGCAAUGCUAAGCUCCUAGAUCAACUUCGCGACACGGUCUCUCAUCGUGCUUUGGAAAGGUCUCAAAGCGAUGACUCGGAGGAGAUCGCACGAUUGAGGGAGGAAGUUCAUAAGCUCCGCGCCGCCGCCCUGCAACCUGAAACAAAAGAAGACCCUUACUAUCUGCUUUCGCAGCGGGAACCCGGAUCCAUCAGUCCCAAAACGGCUACUUCACCAAAAUCCAACCUCAAACCAGCAAGCCUCCGAUGGAAUACCAACGCCAUUCUGCAUCCUCAGCCAGUAACAGUUGGCCCAGUCAUGUUGUCCAGAGUGCAAUCACCGCCACUCGUCACAGCUUCCGAACCCAAGAGCGAUGGCGACAAGCCGACUCCUACUCCAGAACCAUUGAAGGAGGAGCUUGAGCGGAUCCGCAGAGCUGCCGUUGUCACCUCCCAAACGAAGAAGACUCAGUUGAACACGGGUGAAGAGGCCGGUUCGAUUACUUCCCCACCGGAACGGAAGUCCGCUCGAAGGGCUACAAAAUAA